AUCGUUUUUGGCGGGGCAGGGAAUCGACCAAGGCAUUCAUCCCUCUGAAGCCAAAAAGAAAGCGAGCUAUACACGUCAAAAGCCAAGAGAUCCUUGGGUCAAGGGGAGAAAAACAUGAGGACGGAUCCCGGCACGGCGGUGGCGGCGCCGCCGCCGCCGAGGACGAGCCGCCGGCCGCUGCGCUUCCUCAUCCACACCUUCUCCGCGACAGGCCACGUCCUGCCCGCGCAAGCCGUGGCCCAGGAGCUGGUCCGGCGCGGCCACUCGGUCGUCUGGGCCACGGCGCCAGCCCAGCGCGCCCGCGUCGCCGCCUCGGGCGCCCGCUUCGUGCCCACCCGCCGCUGCGCCGCCGUCGACGCGCGCAUGGAGAGGCCCGUCGCGGAGGAGGCCACGACGCCCGACGACGGGGCGGCCGCGCGCCAGCUGUUCGCCGGCCGCGUCGAGGCGCAGGUCGCCGACCUGCGCGAUGCAUUACAGGCCUUGUCCGCCGAGGACGACUGGCGGCCCGACUACGUGCUCAACGACGCCAUGCCGCACGGCGUCGCCGCCCUCGCCGAGCUGGGCGAGCUGCCGCCGACUUAUGCCACCCUCGGCGUCGUGCCGCUUUAUAUCCCCGACGUGAUGGGUGACGGCCGCCCCGUCGCCCACCCGGCCCGGUCCACGUUCGGCGCGCUGCUCAGCACGCCGCGACUGGCGCUGCCCGUCGUCAACCCGCAGCGGGCGGCGCUCGGGCUGCCGCCGCUGGGGGAGCGCGACGCCUUUGCGUACAGCCCGGCGCUGCACCUCCAGGCGUCGUGCCCGUCGCUCGAGCACUGCGCGCCGCCGCCGGCCGAGCAGCCGCCGGCGCUGUUCCCGGGCGCGGCGCGACAACCCCGCGUGCACUUUGUCGGGCCGCUGGUCCCACGGCCGCUGCCGCCCGCCAGCAGCGGUAGCAGCAGCAGCAGCAGCAGCAACAGCCCCAGCCUCAGUGGCGACCUACCGGCGUGGUGGGGCGAGAUGUGCGCGCACGGCUGCGUCGUGGGCGUCACGCAGGGCACGUACGCCGUGGACCCGACGGCGCUCAUCGUGCCCGCCGUCCGGGCGCUGCGGGGCGGGCGGGUGCUAGUGGUGGUGGUGCACGGGUCCGCGGACGAGGUGCUGAGGGCGGUCGAGGAGAGCGACGGCGACGGCGGCGGCCGUCUGGACAACGUCCGCGCCGCGCCGUGGAUCCCGUAUGACCUGCUGCUCCCCCGCUGCCGGGCGCUCGUCACAAACGGCGGCUACGGAAGCGUGACGCAGGCGCUGGCCCACGGCGUUCCGCUCGUCUGCGCCGGCGCGUCCGAGGAUAAGCCCGACACGGCGGCGCGCGUGGUGGCGGUCGGCGCGGGGGUCGACCUCGGGACCGACAGGCCGUCGGUCGAGCAGGUUAGGGAUGCUGUGAGGGAGGUCAUCGAGGGCUCGAGCUACAGGGAGAGGGCGGCCGCCAUCGCUAAGGAGCUCAACAGCCUCGGGGGUGCUGCGGGGGCGUGUGAUUUGCUGGUCGAGGCUGCGGAGGAGCUCGUUGGGGACGGACGGGAUGCGAUGGUUGAAGGCAAGUAGAUUGUUUCCUUCCUUUUUAUCUUUGGAGAUCCAUCUUAUAGCAUACAACCGCAACUCGGUCUAUUUCACUUGGGGAUUGGGCGUCCUAGCCUUGGCCCUGCGCUUCGCAAGGUCCUCCCAGCCUAGUAAUGAUCUCCAUUUCGGUACGCGGGCGUCUUUCCCCCAUCAUGGAUAGUGUAAUCUGUGUGCGUUACGAACUGCGAUCGCAAUUUGAGAUGGGUGUAGCGGAGGUUUCGAGGAGCAGCCUACAAAACUACCACCAUUCCUUUUUCGUAGCUGUUUGACAGACAUGCUGUCCCGUCAAAUGCUGGCGAAAUAACCCAUGC